AGAAGAUCCAAUAUCUCCUUCGGUGCAGCUGCAACAUUUUCUCUUCCCAAAAGAUGCCAAAAGUGUGGAGGUAAAGGGGCCAUCGAUUGUCCUGGAUGCAAGGGGACUGGGAAAAACAAGAAAAACGGAAACAUUUUCGAGCGUUGGAAAUGUUUCGAGUGUCAAGGAUUCGGAUUAAAGAGCUGUCCUGAAUGUGGAAACGGAGGACUCACUCCUGAACAAAGAGGAGAAAGAUGAUGCAAACACACGAGUUUAAUCCUUCCCAUCUUUACAUCUAUUUAUUUAAUUUUUGUUAAAGAAUUGCGGGGCGGAAAAUUCAACAAUUUUCUACCCUUUACAUAGUAAUUAGGUGCCCUUAUCGAACUCGGAUUGGCCCAACUUUAUAUCUACUUGAAUUAUUUUAGGGAAAGUACUCCUUUGGUCAAUUUUCAGCUGUAGGUUAGCUUUUUGUCCCUGUAUUUCAAAAUCAUGCGUUUUUUCCUUUUGAGUUUUUCACAUAUCGCGAUAUUUUCUUUGCGAUAUGGUUUUAUAAUGGUGGUGGAUAUGGUUUUAAGAUCGUGUAGGUGUGAAGCAGCUUGAUUGAUGGUUUUUCUUGUAAAGGGGACGUUAUCGAUAGAGGUUUGAGAGAUGACGCCUACGCAUGGCUGCCCCUUGUAUUCCAAAUUACAAUUGUGGAAAUUUUUGAAAUAUUGUGCGGUGAGACGACUUAGCACCAAAUUUGAACUA